AUGAAGGAGGGCCAACUAUUGAGCUUUGUAUCGCGCCGCGAGUGUGCCACGAUCCGGACUGUGGCUUUUGCCUUCAUUACGCGUCGCGCCGCUGCAGUCAUCGCGCUGCGGGACUUCAUUCCUCGUCGCGCCGCGAGUUCACCACGAUCAGGACUGCGGGUUUCGCUUUGCAACGCGUCGCGCUGCGGCACCUCAUCCCUCGUCACGCCGCGAGACCACCGCGAUCCGAACUGCGGGUUUGGGAACUCAGGACGUCGCGCCGCGGCACGCUUCACGCCGCGGCAAAAGAACCCUUCGCGGCGCGGUAUAGCAACACGCCGCGGCACCCUCAUCAUAUAA